ACUCAGCAAACCGCUCUCUCCUGCGGAAGCGCGUCCUUUUAUUGUAACACUUGUGCCUGCUCUGAUCGAAUAUUACACUGCGCGAAAGCGUACCCUGUUCGAUUAUUGAAUUUUGCAUGAAAAUGUGCUGAAGUAUCUAUGGGAUGGCUCGAGUUGACAAACGCGUCGUGUCUUCACGACCGGCUCGGACGAAGCACAGCAGUCACCGCACUAGGCCCUACAAGGUUGUCUUCGAGUCCGUAACGCAAGCAAAGAAGAAACUGCUCACUGUUAUUUCCUUUAAAGCAGAUGCGCCGCCUGGUUUUACCUUCGUCCCCAUAGGCAACCCGAAGCUUACACAACAAUGCAAAGAAUUUUCCAGAGAAGAAGGCCGAAAAGUUUACAUUGUUUCUGCUGCACCGCAGAACAAGGCGCACAAGAAUGCAAGCAAUAUUUCGCACCAUAUCCACAGGAUUGGGCAUCAUUUUGCCAGUACGGUUGUGGCCAAAGCGUGCCACGAGCUCGGGUUACAUCUCACCCCGUCUGGGCGAGCAGUAAGGUACUCUGGCCAGAGGACACGUCCGAUGCAGCACCUAGAUGCGCUGGAGGACAACAACGGACCGUCACUUAGAUCGGGGCUUUCGCAGAAAAAGAUCAAUGCUGAAGCGAGAGAUGCCAUUCGCGAUCUAUUCCCCAACAUUCCGAAGAAAGAUCUUCACGAAAUCAUUACACGUGCAUUCAAAAAGGGGACCCAGAAGGUUGGCACUGCAGAGGAGUUGCCACUGGCACGGCGCGUCCAGUUAGCUGUUGUGGCUCAUAUCCGGCAUGUCUAUACCGAUUACGAUAGGCUACUUCGGACUGACACAUACCAAAUCGCGCGUGGAAAAAUUGAACAAGCCUGCCUCGAUAAACUCGUGCAGUGGCGGGGAGAUGAGGGCAAUGGUGCGAAUGAAUUGGAAGAGAUCCUGCGUGAGGUUAUCGUAAUUUCAGAUGAUGACAGCGAGGGAGAAGAGGAUGAUGCUGAUAUAGAUGAAUUGGCGCGCAUGGAACUGACUGACAGGGAUGCAAGCGUGGAAAUCAUUUCUAGCCAAGCAUUUGCCGAAGAGAUGGCCAUGAAGCCUUCGUCCAGACCACGGGAGCCAUUAACUCCCGAGGAAAGGCCUUUUGCCCAGGCCGCGGAACCCGUUCUUUUGAGUGUUUACCGAUCCGCUGCGCCCCGUCCUCCAGACAGCGAGGAGAAGCGCAGACGCCGAAUUGAACGGCGUGGCUUUUACCGCUACCGUGCUUGGGAUCAAGCAAUUGAUCGGUAUAGAAACCAACCAAGCCAUGCUACCAUUCAUGGAUUGGGGCAUCAGGCCGAUGCUGUUGAGAGGAUGCCAGCCAGGAUCUCGUCUUCUGGGCAAGAACCUCGGACUCUUUACUACGAACGCUUAGAGGAGCCUGUACUCCCCCGUGUUCACACCAGGGCAAUGCCUGCCCUCCGGCAAGCAGUCGAGCCCAUUUCAUACUCUGGAGAACCAUGUGUCAGAGCUGUUGAUCCUGCACGAGAUGCUAUCCAUUACGUAGAACGGCCGCUGGUACCCGCCAGGGUCUCACAAGCCGGCCAUGACUUUGCUGACCAUCACAGGCAUCGGACUUUCAAUGAACCAUGCAUGAGUUAUCCUGUCCAUGAAACUAGCACUUACCAAACUGGAAGUCAUGGACCUUUUAGAGCCAAAGAGCCGCUCCAAAGUAGCUCUACCGUAUAUGGAGAGCCGGUGGACCGCCGCCAUGGUCUCCGUGAAUCCAUUUAUGAGAAGGCCCCAACCUGGGAACACCCAACCUCUCACGGCCGUAGUCAACCGCUGCGGCGUGUGGAAUAUCAUACUGCAGACGCUCCUAUCUGUUCCAUUGAAUACGACAGGGCCGGUCCGGCAGUAGCGCCAAUUCCAAAUGGAGGGUACUUGCCCAGGCACAAAGAGGUAGAGCCGCUCAGAAGAGCAUAUGUUGAGGACCGUGUACAAGUUCACCCGUUACCGGAACGCGCACCACGAGGCGCACCUAAUGUGAGAGAAAGUGUGCAGCUUCACCCUUUGCCCGAGCGUGCGCGGCCUCGGCAAGAAUAUUAUGUUGAAGACCGUUUGCCGGUUCAACCCCCAACGGAGCCUGUCCGCCAGGAGCCCGAAAUUAUCUAUCUUGGCCCAAGUACAGAAGUCUCACGAACACAGUAUUGGGUUCCUAAGGAACCCGUUAGUGCUAGACUUGGCCCUGCUGGGUCAUCCUACGAAGAGUGUCGCAUUCCAGAACCUGUUCUCUCUGAUCCUUACCAUUUUCGCCGGUAUGUUGUGUACUUGUUGACGGGAUUAACAUGCAACUUAUGAAUACUUAUAGGGCGGCCAGAGACACACAAGACCGCCGGAUCAUAGAUGACCAUGUUAUCCCCAUGCCUGAACGGUAUUCUGCCAUACCACAACAACGAAGACGUCCCCCGCCCAGACCAGAG